UCCAUCUUGGACCAGAGAAGGAAAGAAAGAACCCAGAGGAGAAGAGGGGGCCGGUCAGACUCAGAGGUCGGGGUAGGGCAGCCAGCGACGGCGCCGUCGCCCGAUUCCUUUCAAACUCGGCCGCCUCGCCGCCCCCAAAUUCCCUCCCUUGAAAUUCGGCCGCCUCCCUAUUUUUAUCUCCUCCUCCUUCCAAGAUCGCGAGCAAUAAGACACGGAUUCACCUUCAGCUUCACGAGGGCAGUGCAGGCAGAUUCAUCCCCUUCCUUCCUUCCUUCCUGGAGCAAGGAGGCAGGCGGGCACCGGCUGCCGUCCACUCCAAGGGGCUCGGCUGUCAACAACCCACCCUUGGCAGCCAGCCCGCAAUUCCUUUUCCGCCUCCAGCUUCUCCGGCCACCCACAGCCAGGGGAUCGACAGGGAAGGGCAGGGCAGGGCAUACAAAUACCAGAACACCAGCUCCUCCUCCUACUCAUUGCCAGAAUCUGAUUGAUUGCUGAGACAAACCAGGCAGCAUGGCUUCCUUCCACCGGCCCCUUUCCGCCAUGGCGGUGGCCGCCUUCGCCGCGGUCUCCUCCAUAGAGCUACCCGACAGGCUCUCCCACAACCACAGGGUCGCCGACGACGUCGUCUCGCUUCCCACCAGCAGGCCCGAUGCCUCAACGGUGCCUCCAGCGCCGACGCUGUCCAGUCUGCAGUUCCUGCCACGGAACCUCCAGGCCUUCGAUGCCGCAGCCAAGGCGCCUGUCGCGUCCCUGCCAGUCAUCCAGACGGUCUACCAGUACGCCAAGUUCGCCAAGACCUCGCCGGAACAGGGGGCGCUGUUACCGGCCAUCCCUUCCUCAUCGUCGGAGGAUGUUUUGUACCGCUGGCAUCUGCCGGACCCGAGGGCGUGCGGAGGCUCGCCCGACAGGUCCCAGACGGUGGUGGUUCUGCUUGGCUGGCUUGGCUCGAAGCAGAAGCACCUGAAGAGAUAUGCAGAUUGGUACACCUCCAGGGGGUUCCAUGUUGUCACCUUCACCCUCCCCAUGUCUGACAUCGUCAGCUAUAAUGUCAGAGGGAAGGCCGAGAAGAAUGUGGAGUUGCUCUCGGAACACCUUGCGGAUUGGGUCAGGGAGGAGGAUGGGAAGAAGAUUGUUUUCCAUACUUUCAGUAACACCGGCUGGCUUUGCUAUGGUGUGAUACUGGAGAACUUGCAGCGGCAGGAUCCUUCGGCGGUGGAGAAAAUCAAGGGUUCCGUAAUCGAUUCAGCGCCUGUUGCUGUCCCGGACUCUCAGGUGUGGGCACUAGGCUUCUCGGCUGCUAUCAUGAAGAAAAACAGUGUGGCAACGAAAGGAGCUGUAUCAAACGAUACAAGGUCUGACGUCAUAGUUGUGGAGUCUCAAAAUGAUAUCAGGCCAGCAGCUACUGAGGCUGUUCUACUAUCUGCGUUGGAGAAGUUCUUCGAUAUUGUUCUGAACUAUCCGGCCAUAAAUAGGAGGUUGUCGGGUGUUAUGGAGCUUUUGUCCUCAAACCAACCAAACUGCCCUCAGCUGUACAUAUACAGCUCUGCCGACCGGGUUAUCCCGGCAAAGUCAGUGGAGUCAUUUGUGGAGAGGCAACGAAAAGCUGGGUGUGAGGUGAGGUCAUGCGACUUCGUGUCGUCCCCUCACGUUGACCACUACCGCAGCAAUCCGGGGCUCUACACCUCUCAGCUAACCAACUUCUUGGAGGACUGUGUGCUGGCCCGCCGUGAUGAUUCGUCGUCGUCGUCACCAUCUGCAUAGGGUGUUUCUGCAGGAAUACCAACAUAUUUUUUCCUGGUGAUCCAUUGAAAUGUACCAGGAUUAUACAACGAUUAAUUAUACAUCUGACCCAAUUUAGUCGUUCGUUUUUGUUGGUUUGCUUGUGGGUUUAUGUUAGGAGGCACAACUGUAAAAAACGUGAGAAGAAAAGCAAAAGAAAAUUGUGGUUGGCUUGCUGACCAUUUAUUUGUGUGGA